GGAGAACAUUAUAUUAAAAUAAAAGUAAAAUCACAUAAAAUUAAUAUGAAAAUAUCCAUAAAAUUAAAUUAUGGGAUUAUAUAUAAAAAUAUAAACAUAAUUUCAAAAAUAGUAAUAAUAAAUAACUAAGAUAUUUAUUUAAAAGAUAAAAAUUAAAAAUUACCUUAAAUAAUAUAAUAUCAAACUAAAACAACCUGAAAUAUUUUAUCAUAUUCCUAUUUAUUAAAUCGAAAUAUAUUAAUAAGAAAACCGAUUAUAUAUAUUAUAUUUUUCUCAAUCAUCUGAUUAGAUCAUAAAUUUGUAUGCCACAGCUAAAUUUAACUAAAUAACCAAUUCAAUUUUUAAAUUAUAAGUAUAAAUUGAUCCAAGCUAAACUUAGCUAACAUAUCUAUAUAUAUAUAUAUAUAUAUAUAUACUACUUUAGUUCAUUUUUCUAUGAAUUAAUCUCAAUUAAAAAAUAAUAAUUUGAUUUUAUAUAUUUAAAAGUCAAAACAGUGGUAAUUCAAGUAAAAGAAUAAUUACAAUAUUAUAUACACCAAAAUAAGUAAGAGAAUCGGUUAAGAUUUAUAUAAAAUAAAUUGUAUGCAUAGGUAAGAAACAUCAAAUUGUUACUUAUUAUCAGACAUAUUAUAAAAUAAAAUAGAAUUUAUAAACAAAUAAAAUGAAAAUAAUAACUAAUUAUUAUGAUUUACUUAUUUUGUAAAUAUUUAUAUCCGUGCAUAAGCACAUAAAUGUUUUUAGUAUAUAUAUAUAUAUAUAUAUAUAUAUAUAUAUAUAUAUAUUUAUAUCAAUAUAUUAUUUUCUCCAUGAUCAUUGUGAAUUUAUUUUAGUUUCAAAGUAUAAUUUUUAUCAUGGUAUCAAAACAAAUCUUAUCUUUAUAUAUAUAUUAAAUGAUUGGUCCAAAUAGUGGAUAAUAUUCGAAAUGACCAUAACUGAAUGAAUAUAUUAAAAGUCUCAUUUUACAAAAAAAGAAAGAAAUAGGAAAUCAUACUCGUCAACCAAUAUUAAGAUGAUAAUUGUUGACGAAAAAAAAGAGAUGAUAUUUGUUAGUCAGAAAAAAAAGAUGAUAUUUUUGUACCUCAAGCUUUAUUUAUUAUUUUUAUCGACGUAUCUUAAACUUUUGUUAACGUGAAGCCAAAAUUAUUUUGUCAGGUACUAGGUACUGCAUCAUCCGUGCCCCUUUGUCCGUUUCUGUCUAAAAUGCAAAACAAGCCCAUCGAAUUGUGAUUGAAGAGAGAAAACAUCCAAUUUAAUAAAUAAAUAAAUAAAAACAUCCAAAAUAAAAGAAUUAAACCACAAUUUCACAAAAGAACGUAUUGUGAUUCCACGGACACGUACCCCGUGUAUAUGCAUGUUGUUAUAACUACAGUUUUUAACUUAACGCAUAUAUUUUUGACGUCAAAAAAAAAAAAAAAAAACUUAACGCAUAUAUUAUAUAAUAAAACAAAAGGUUUACAAACAUGCACAUAUAAUAAGCCUAUAUAUAGCGUAGCGUUAAAUAGUAUUCACGAACUAACCAACGAAUAGAGAAAAUAAUCAAACAUCAAAUUUAAUAAAAGGUUAAACCACGAUUUCAUAGAAAAACCCAUCGUAUUGUGAUUCCACGUACCCGCCGUAUAUGCAUGUUGUUAUAAUUACAGUUUUUAACGUAACCCACAUAUACUAUAUAAUUUAACUGUACGGUAUACAUACAUGCACCAAUCCAAUGUAUAUAAGACAAUAAAGUAAUGUUUGAUAAAAUUCACGAACUAACCAACGAAGAGAGAUGGCGAGUAGUAGUUCGUCGAGUUAUGGGAUUGAGCAACUUCAAAAAGAAUGUUACUAUGAGUGGAUGAGUUUACAAGCGAAACACAUAGUUGAUCUCAAAGAAGCACUCAUAAGGCAAAGAUCAAACGCCUACAAUCAUCACAAACUCGAAGAGCUCGUUGGUAAAAUCGUCAACGACUUCCAAAGCUAUGCCAAAAGACGAUCGGAGCUGACAGACAAAAGCUGCUCUAGCUACUUUGCACCGUCGUGGAACUCUUCUCUAGAGAAUGGUCUUCUAUGGAUGGGAGGAUGUCGUCCUUCAUCUUUCGUUAGAGUUAUAUACGCUCUAUGUGGAUCCUGUGCUGAAGCUCAUCUUUCUCGGUAUCUCCUCCAGAUAGAUGAAAACAUCGAUGAUGGCCAUGAUGGUGAUAGUUCCAUGAGUGAUCUCACCGCGACUCAGCUUGAGAAAAUCAAUGACUUACAUGUAAAGGUGAUAAGGGAAGAAGAUAAGCUAACCAAGAAAUAUGCGAAUUUCCAGGAGGAUGUUGCGGAUAUGCCAAUCGCCGUCACGGCUUUCUGGAGGGACUCGGUUGAAGCUGAUGUGGCGGUUGAAGAUGCUUUAGAUAAGCAUGAAGAGUGCAUGGGGGUUUUAAUGGCGGACGCUGAUAAGGUGAGGGUAGAGACGCUUAGGAGGAUUGUGGAGGUUUUGACUCCGGUUCAAGCGGCGGAGUUUUUGCUCUCCGGGAAAAGAUUACACAUGUCGUUGCACGAGUGGGGAAGAGCUAGAGAAGAGCGUCGUUAUGGUUGUGUGCACGUGGGGAUGCAGCAGCAGGGAGAGCCGGAGCCAGAAAGUCAAAGAGAUCGGACACUUAUUGAUAUGUGAGUGUGAGUUUUGUAAGGUCAAUAAAUAAUCUUGUGUAAUAGUUUGGCCUAAGUAGAGAUGAGUGUCUUUUGUGUGUGAGAGAGAGAAUGUUAAGUGUCAUUAUGUGUGUGUGAGACGUAGUUACGCUUUUGCUUUUGUCUUAUACAAGGAAUAACAAAAGCAGUAAAACGUCAAGAGAUUACUGGUCUUCCAUUAUGAAUACAAAUUAAAGAAAUUAUGCAUACAAAUUAAACGUUAAGAUUAAUUUGGUUGUCUUAGCAAACUUGAUUUUUUUGCCUACAGUGAUUUUUGUGUGUAAAUCUCUACGACAUGUUUGGGUGAAAGGAGUAUUUUAACUCUAAAACUAAUAAUGACAGUAUAUUCAAUUUUGACAGUACACUCAAGUAAAUCCCUUAAUCACACAAGUGGAAAAUUGGGAACUGGUAUUUGGGAAAGUUAUGUGACUGACUGUCGUGUUUCUUGUAUGACUGGCUGUUGUUGAAUCUUUAAAUAACAUUUGAAUAUUCCUUUUCUUCUAGAUUAUGUAUCCAAAGUAAACAAGAAAAAGCAGAAUCAACAUUAGAUAUAUAUACAAAUGGGGCAAAAAGAUGGAGAAGAGAUAUUUAUGAAUCAAACAAAUCAGAGGGCUCGAAGGUUCAAAAGAUGACAUGUACAAUUCCGCAAUGAAGUAAGAAAGAUACCGUGGCAACUGCAAAACUUUUGACCAGUUUCUCUCUCCUACCUAAACUCUCUCUCGAGUCCGAUCGAUUAUAAGUGAAGCUCCGGCGUCCGGCCGCGCGUCCGAGUGCGUGCCAACGCCGGAGGCGCCUCUCUUCUCCCGCCUUCUUCGUUUGUCUUUUGCUUCGCCAUGGUCUUGUCUCCCUCUUCGUUUUCUUCGCGGUUGUGUGUCGGGAGUCUCGUUGGUCUCGUCUCCGUGCGCAAGGAGCUCCGGUUCUGGCGCAGUUCUGCUCGGUCGUGGAGCCCGGAGGCGGUGAGUGGUGUGGGUUCUGGUGGCGGAGUCGGCUUUUUAGGAUUUUGCAAUCGGCCCCCUUUUGCCGUUUGUAGGGUUUGUAGCGAGUGGUGGCGAGUGGGCGGUUUGGGCUUCAGAUCCGGUCUGCAGUCGUGUGGCUGCUCCUGUCCGGUUUGUAACUCAAGCGGCGGUGGUUUGUGGGUUUUCGUUUCUUCCUGGCGUCGUGAAGCGUCGAAGCCUUUCAGUCCUCGCCUUGGAAGCUUUGGAGGCUUAAUCUAGCUCGGGGCCGUGCUUAGCUGUCGACGCCGGCGUGUGUUGGUGUUAGCAGUGGUGGUGCGUGGAGUGAUGCAGCGAUGCGGUGUCGGCUGGAGUCGUCUAUGGCUUCACCGAGGCAUUGUCGCAUCCUCUCUUCCUUUUGUUCCUUUCUGCGUCUUCAGCUCAGGUUCACCGGCGAGGUUGAGUCGACUUGUCCUCUCGGUGUGUUUAUCAGCUCUUGGUUCUUUGUUCAGCUGUUCCGUAGUCACCGGCUCAGCCUUUUAUCAGCAGCUUGAUACUUGUACUUCGGUUCUCGAAGUCGGCGUGAGAUGGGGCUUUGGUGGUUCUAGUUUGUCAACUGUUUCCACCUUCUCUUCAGUGACUCCUCGCGGCUUUACAGCACAUCCCAGUACCGUGGGUUCACUUGAAUUCUUGGUAGUGCUGUUUGCUAUCUACUUGCAGGUUUGGAGCUUUCCCUGAUUCAGAAGAGGUUGCUUUCCCGUACCCGUCUUUCUGCUUACCAUACUAUGCAAGGGUGAUCGUGUGGUUGUCUUUGUUGUAUGCGGUCUUGGCGUUGUAGCGGAAUUUUUCGGCGAUUGAUCUUCUGGUAAGCUCUAGUCGUCUCGUAUCCGCUAUUUUCGUUUGCGCUUCAUUGAUAGUGUAGAUUGCAAGACUAGUAAGUUCAUCGAAAACUAGCUACACCGGAAGCAACGUGAGGAGACCCCGGCAACCGAGGAAACGAGGCGAAUCUCUCCUCCUCACGGUCCUUGUUGAAGGUUGAGAACAGUGAUCGAUGCUCAGCGAUGUAGGAUUCUAUUUAGUGGAACGCGCCGGGGACAUGGGUUGAGCGAAACUAGAUAGGAAAUUUCGGGUUUGGGUAAUUUUGUUCGAGCCGGUCUUGUAAUCAAAACUAUUAUUCCCGUUUUCGGGUCGUUAUUUUAAUUUUAAUUUAAAAAAAAAAAAAAAAAAAAAAAAACUGCAAAACUUGUUCCCAACACGUGGUUAGCGAGAGUGCAAAAGGACUAAUACGGUAACGCGGUUUGAUUUUUCUUUUUAACACUUUAUUUUAUUGAUCUGAUUUAUAACAUGUUACACUAUAGAAGAAUGACAAAACGACAGAGAAUUUCCACACCAAAAGCUAGCAAUGACAAUCACAAAUGCCACAUUAGCUAUACCUAUACCAAACUGGUCUUGUUUCAAAUAAAUAGAUUAGGUGUUCCCGUUCCCACAAUAGCAGACGGACUUCUAAUACCUUUAGCGAAAGCAUGACAAUCAUUCUCAUCAUCUAGAUAGGUCUUCUUCUUCAUUGCAUUUAUCAAACUUGUCCAAAAUUAGCUUCAGCCAAGCUACCAUACAAGCUCGAAUUACAAAGUAAAAAUCAGAUGGAUAGCCUGGACUGAUGCUUCAGAUCCACUAUCACGCGGUUUGAUUUUUCAGUAGAUAAAAUGUAUGAUAUCUUCUACAUUUCUUAUCAUAUUGUACAUUUUACUUUUUCUGUAAAAUUGUCCAUUUAAAUUUCAUUUAAGCAAAAAACUGACAUUUACGAGGUUCUAUGUGUGUUACUGGUUUUGCUAUUGCAUAUCCUUAAUAUAUAUAUAUAUAUUAAAUUUAUAUCAAAUUAAUUUUAAAAUUAACAAAAUUCAUCAAAAUAAUAGAAGAAAGUUCUUAGAAAAUUAUAUAAAAUAAUAAUUAUAUAUCCUAUAUUAAUUAUAUUUUGCAUAAAUAUAUUAUUUUUUGUUAUAAUAUUAAAGUUAUAUAUUAUAUUAUUUUUUGUUAUAUUAGUUUAAUUUAUGUAUUGCACUUAUUAGUGUCAUAUAUUUGCGAUGCAUCUAAAAAAACUUGUGAAGUGCAGUAGUUGCAUCUAAAUAUAUUAAGAUAUAUUAUUAUGUUUUAUUAUCAUCCGGUACAAGCUAACCAGUAAUUUUCAAAAAACAAUUGGACUUAUAAAAAUUGCGGUAAAGAAUUAACAAAAAAAUUUGCAAUUUAAAAGUUAUCUUUACAUAAACAGAAUAUUUUCCGAUGGGUUUUAAAGGAGGCAUGUUAGCCUGGGGGCAUGUGAUAUGUUAUGAUAUACUCUUUUUGUUUUGAAAAGAUUUAUACUUUAGAUAAAGAAUUUUUUCACAUUUUUAAUAUAUAUUUGUAAAUUAAAAAAAUUUAAAAAUAUAAUUGUGUUUAUUGAAGUUCUAUUUGUUACAAAUUAUGAAGAAUAAUUAGUUAUAAAAAAUAAUAUAUUAAUAAUCAAAAAUUUAGAUUUUUAAAUAUGUGUGCUUUUUAAACAGAGAAAAUACUUAUUAGGUCACCAGAUUUUCCCUUUGCAAUAGUCUUUCGUUUCCGUGAACAAAAAAGACAACGAAGAUUUAAAAAUGCAAUACUAUCAACCUUGUUUCUUUCCAAACCCCCACACGUGAGGCCCACCCAAACAAGUUACAGUCUUUUUUUUUUUGAACGACACAAGUUACAGUUUUAGACCAUGCUCAUCAAGGAAUCAUGAGGGGGUCGUGGGCUCGAGUUCUUAGGCCCGAUUGAUUUAAAAAAAAAUGAAAAAAGGGUUUUAAUCGACGAACCGGGCCUUACGCUUGAACCCGUAAGAGGCGAGUUCAAGCCACGCGUCGGGCGGUGAGUGGCUUCUCCUUUCCGCGUCGAUGAGGAAGAAAGGAGGGGAUACGCGUGAACCAGUUCAUUUCUCUCAUCAGUGAAAAAAGCUAGGGUUUUUUCUCUCCGAGGCGAUAGUCCACGCCGUCGCGAUUCCGUCGUUAUUUCUCCAUCAAAUCGAUUACGUUUUCUCUUCUCCACACUCUUAGGUCAGUAUUGAGUAGAUUGACGGUGUGGUAGCGUAGAUUUUAUGUGCGAUAGGGAUUUGCGAUGGGGUGAUUAUAAAUCGAUUUGGGGAUUUUAUUUUUUAGGGUUUUUAAUGGUUAUGGGAGUUCGAUUGAGGGUUCAGUUACUCAUAUUCUUCCUUAAUUAUGUGUUAAUAAUUUGAUUUCUGUCACAGAUGGAUCCGGCAGAGGAGAGAAGACAUUCAAAGAGGCAACAGGAUCACAUAAACAUGCUAGGGUUCGUCAGCGAUUCAGAGUACGGAAUUCCCAAAAGGUGUCCAUGUGGUGGGAGAAUCAUCGAUGAGGUUCGCCGGAAGGACGACUACGACACUCUUCCGGGGAAGCGGUUCUUCACAUGCAAGAACUACGAGGUAAGUUUGAUUUUAAACGCUUUGAUUAUCGUUUAUGGGUUUGCAAAUUGUAGAGUGUCUGAUAUUUGUUUAUGGUGUAACCAAGGCUGAUGGAUUCCACUAUCGUCAGCCUUGGGUGAUAGGUGUGCAGGAGGAGAUCGAAAGGUUGACUAAGCGGGUGGUGGAGGCUGAAGAAGUGAUGUUGGGGUCGUCGAAUCUCUGUAAACUGAUCGACAGACUGGAGGUUAGUGACAACACAUUUUCAAUACUUGUGUGGUAUGUUUUGCGUGACUAACACUUUUUGUUUGAUGUUUACAUGUCCAGGAUCAGGUUAAAAUGCUCUCUGAGCAGGUAGAUGACCUCACCGUGCAGGUUGCUACGUUGGAGAAGGUCUGCUUCGAAUGAAACCGAAGGUAAGACUGAACCCCACUUUAGAUGUAGUUCGAAAAUGGCUGUUACAAAUUGUUGAUUGGUAUAACCAGUUUAACUAUUUAAUAAGUUAACUAAAAGUGAUGAAAGCUUAAAAGAUAACUACAACAAUAACUACAACUCCAACUAGAACUCUAACUACAACUUUUAAAAAUCUUUAAUUAAUUUUUUGUUGGUUGUUGGUUGCUGUGAACUCUCAAUAGAUUGUACUUAGGUGUAGUUAAUAUUUUCCAGUGAGUUGAUGUGUAUUCACUGCCGUUUGUGAAGUACUUGUGGUAGGUAGAGUUUGUUUAAUUCUUCUGGUUUAGUUAAUUAUCUCAAAUGAAAGCAAAAACUAGUUUAUAAAACAUAGCAAAUCCACAACUAAAAACACACAAACAUUUAAACAACAAACCAAACCCAAAAGAUAAUGGAUCCUUUCUCCUACAACUCUCCCGGGUUUGUUAACCUUUUAGCUUCGCAGAGCAGUCCCCCACACGACGUGGACUCUGCGGAGGCAGUUGGUAACUCACCCGGGUUAGUUAAACCUGUAGAAAGAAGAAAGUGGGUUGUCAAAGAAGACCUUGUGCUCAUUAGCGCUUGGUUGAACACGAGCAAGGAUCCCAUAGUCGCUAAUGAGCAGAAGGCAGGGGCGUUUUGGAAGAGAAUAGAGGAGUAUUUUAACUCAAGCCCUCAGCUCAUUGGCGCCGUUCCUAGAGAAUGGAGUCAAUGUAAGCAGAGGUGGGGAAGGGUGAAUGAGCAGGUGUGCAAGUUCGUUGGUUGCCAUGAAGCCGCUUUGAAGGAGCAGACAAGCGGGCAAAAUGAGAAUGAUGUCAUGAAAGCUGCACAUGACAUCUUCUUCAAUGACUUUAAUGUCAAGUUCGCACUUGAACAUUGCUGGAGGGAGCUGAGAUUUGAUCAGAAAUGGAGGUCACACGCGUUGUCGAAAGUUGGUGGAAAGGAGAAGAGGAAGGAAGCAUGUCCGGAGGUGGUGGGUGACGAUGAAGAGGUGAGGCCUCCUGGUGUAAAGGCGAGCAAAGCAGCCAAGCGCAAGAAACACGGGAAUGAAGCAGCUUAUGAUCAAAUAGAAACCAUGCUAGCUCUGAAAAAUAACAUUUCUAAACAAAAGAUCCUUGAUCGUCUCAUUGGCAAAAAUGAGGAGACUCUUUCUGAUCAAGAAAAAUCCCUUAAGUAUAAACUAAUUGGUGAAAUGCUUUGAGUUGGUUAGUGCCUUGUAUUGUUGCUUUGCUUAGCGUGAUCGGAUGGAAUGUUUACGUUGCUUAGCUUAACUUUAUUCGAUGCUUAACAUGAAUUAUUGAUUGGGUUUUAUUUUCUUUUGCAGGUCAGAGAGUGCAGGUCACGGGUUGGAGUGAAGGUGUUGGAGUUGAUCAGUCGGUAAAGUUGAAGCCUAGUUUUUUUUUUUAAUGUUGGGGGUAGUUGGACACGGAAAAGUGUAGUGUUUUGUUUCUUGCUACACUUAUUUCAUUCACGGAUUGUCUUAGUAUGUAUUGUGUCAGUCACAACUUGAUUCACGGAUUAUGUAAUAUGGUUUCAAACUCUCUAUAUAUGUUUGCAUUGUAUCAUUAUAUGAAAUAACACUUCUCUCACUUAUUACUCUCUAGCAAGUUCAUUCUCUUGUAAAUGCUAAAAAGUCGAGAUCAUUCAAGUGAUUCCCAUUUAGUACCAGUUCUGAAGGAAGCCGACACAUUCAAGUGAUUCCCAUUUCGCUGCAAGGUGAUUCACAAACGGAGACACACGCAAAGAUCCACAACAAGGUAUAAUAUACAACUUAGUAAUGAAAAAAUUAUAAGAUUAUGAAAAGAAAAGAUUAUAGAGUAAUAAUGAUAGAGUAAUGUAUAAAAUAGAUUAUAGAGUAAUAAUGAUAGAGUAAUGUAUAAAACAAAAUUUAAUGUUAUGACAACUUUUAUAGACUAAUGUUAUGACAACUUUUAUAGACUAAAGUGUAAGAUUAUUCACAUAAAAGAUGAUAGAGUAAUACUAAAAAAAA